AUGACCUCCCAGCCUCUGUCGCUGGAUAAUGGCGUGGCCACUGUCUUCAAACCGCAACCGGUAGUUGUGCGAAUACAAGAGCUCUCCCUAUGUCUGUCAAGCGGAGACCGGUGCGAUGAACCCACGCAGGGAGUUGUAAAAGUGUUCGGAAAAUCGAGAGACGGUCUGAGGAAUGGUUCAAGAUCCAUGCUGGACGGACUAGGAUUGAAGAGACCAGACGAGGAUAUUGGGCAGGGUCAACAACGAACUACCCGACCCAAGCCACGGCGGAGGUCGUCGUCGUUAGGGUCACUGGAGGGUUUCAGCGUGGGCCAUGACGACUACUUCAGUCGCAGGAUUCAAUCAGCAAGCAUCUAUAAAACCAGAAGUUCCGAUGCCGCGGGGCCUUUGAUGGCGCGGUCAGAGAAAGAAAAGCACUCAGAGAUCUGUCACGAUGUCAUCAGAGAUCGUUCAACGCUGCUAGACAUUACUGCCGCUCCUAUCAAAAUCUCAGAACCAUUACCCACGCCUGGGUGGUUCUACCCGUCCCAGAUCCUUGGACAAGCGUUCAACGGACCGUGUGGGAUUGUACCGCCCCUUACGCCUCCAGAGGAUCUCGACUCUUUCAAAUGGGAGACACCGUCACAGACAGAUUCUAGUGGAGGUGCCCGCACGGUGUCAAGCUACGAAAGCGAUUCAGGGAGCCAGAGACAAAGCCAGCCUCGCACAAGUUCCACAUCUCGUCCGUCAGAGAUACGAAUGCCAGAACCGUCAAACAUGUCGCGGGACGAAUCGAGCCGGUUGAAUUGGCUUGAACGAGCUUGCCAGCAUCUUGUAUCCUCUUCGGGGGAUUCCACCAGUCAACAACAAAUUCAAAUGGUCGUCCAAGCUCUACCUUCCCAGCCAAGGUCAACCCAUAUGAGACCCAUUUACGACAGAGUGGUUGAAGACGUGCAGAACCACUUCACAUCCCCUCCAUACAUCACCAUCACACACGCAUAUUUCCAAGCAAUCAGCAUGGACGAAGUUCCAGCCUCGCCUCCCGCAACACCAAAUACCAACUAUCCGAGCGACGAUUACUUCCAGGAUCAUACUGUCUUUACGCAUGCGGCCGUUGUUCCAGCGUAUCAUUCCCAUGUGGCCACUUUCAGUGCCGUGGCUCCACGCCCAUCGAACAUUAUUGCGGCUCCUAGUAGUAUACAGAUUUCGAUUCUGGAACGGUACAUUCCGCCUACGACGCCUCGGGAAGUGGAGGACUUUUUCACGUUGAGCAGGCGGUCUUAUUUGGCGGACAGGCUAUUGGAACUAUCUUCGAAUGAUGGCUCGCUACUACUGAUCUACCCGACGAAGCUGGGCGGACAAACAUUUGCGAAUCGAUAUAUCGGACCGGUUAUCGAGCCAUUUCUGCGGCAAUUUAUCCUGCUCAACAACCUCUACACAGAUAUUGCGAUUCAAUUAGGUCGAAUGGACGCGGUCGCAAGUAUGAAGAGCUUUGAGGAGAUGCAAACCAUGCUAUUAGCCAUGUGCGAAGCUCUCAGUCAUAGAGCCCCAUCACGAGGGCUCCCAAGUCGAUACCAGAUUAUCCACGCAGAAACCGCUGAGGUGGUGCUCGACCGCACCCUGUGGAAAGAGUGGUACAUUGAGCAAGAGCAGCCGCGUCUACGACAGAACUUGGUGGAUUAUCAUAAGAGUGGCGGGCGUAUGCCAGCGAGAAGCGGUCGCAUUGAAGUGACACCCGGCAUGCUUGCAAGAGAAGUGGUUGAUGGGAUCCGCCAGAGUCGGGAGACAGCAGGAAAUGUUGGCGUCGAGGUAGCCGUGUUUGUCGUUCGACGCACGACUGUCGUGUAA